GAAGGCCAUAGCAUCGAGAAAGAGGGCACUGACCAACAGCGUGAAGAUGGAGCCAAGGGGAUGGGCGAGUAUCCUCCCAUCCGAACUGUCGCGCUCAUCAUGGUUGCUCUUUACCUGGCCAUGUUUCUGGUGGCUUUGGACCGAAUUAUCAUAUCAACGGCAGUUCCCAAAAUCACAGACGAGUUCGACUCCAUUCAGGAUAUUGGAUGGUAUGGAAGUGCGUAUGUUCUCAGUGGCUGCAUCACACAGCUUCUUUUUGGUCGUCUGUACUUGUUCUACGACAACAAAUUCGUCUUUCUCGCCGCAGUGCUGCUCUUUGAGAUCGGGUCUGCAAUUUGUGGAGCAGCCCCGAGUUCGAUCGCUUUCAUUCUUGGCCGAGCCAUUGCCGGCUGCGGCUCUGCUGGUGUCUUUUCUGGGACUAUUGUCAUCAUGAUCCCUAUGGCACCUUUGGAGAAACGACCAAUGUACCAGGGAGCAUUGGGUGCCAUAUUUGGAAUAUCAUCCGUCAUCGGUCCCCUGAUUGGUGGUGCUUUUACUAAGAACGAGCAUCUCACCUGGCGCUGGUGCUUUUACAUCAACCUCCCCAUCGGCGCUGUGUCCAUGCUGAUCGUGGUUCUUUUUCUGCACCUCUCGCCACCACAGCAAGCGGAUCUACCGCUCAAACAAAAGCUUCUCCGCAUGGAUCCCAUUGGCAAUCUGCUCUUCGCUCCAUCAAUCAUUUCUUUAUUGUUAGCACUGCAGUGGGGCGGGAGCGACUAUGCAUGGAGUAACGCACGUAUCAUCGCACUCUUGGUCCUAUUCGGCGUGCUUCUCGCCUUAUGGAUAUGGACGCAGUCAUGGCAGAAAGAGAAGGCAACUGUGCCGCCACAUAUCUUCCUCCAGCGCUCCAUCAUUGCUGGUGUCUCCUAUUCUGCGUGCAUCGGCGGUGUAAUGCUUUCCAUGGGUUAUUACCUACCUAUCUGGUUUCAGGCCAUUGACGGGGUCGACGCACUCCAAAGCGGGAUCCGCAAUCUGCCGUUCAUCCUGGCGCUCGUGGUUAGCAGUAUACUAGCUGGUGGUUUCGUAGCGAAAGUCGGUUAUUACAAGCCGCCCAUCAUCCUGUGCUCGGUUCUCAUGGCCGCCGGCGCAGGAUUGAUGACGCUCCUGCGUGUGGACAGUCCGAACGCCGAGUGGAUUGGCUACCAAGUACUGGCUGGUUUUGGCAUGGGCAUGGGGAUGCAGCAGUCCGGCUUGGCGGCGCAGGUGGUACUUAAAAACGAGGACGUGCCGGUCGGAGCAUCCCUCAUGUUCUUUGGACAGCAACUUGGCGGCGCAGUUUUUGUGUGCGCAGCUCAGAACGUAUUCAUCCAAGAACUCGUUAAGGACCUGGCCACCGUUCUUCCGUUAGAGACUGCCAAAGCGCUGUCAGAGGUCGGCGCAACGGACCUGCGGGACUUUGUGCCAACGCACUUGUUACCGGCAGUGCUGGUGCAGUACAAUAAGGCUAUCACGACCACCUUUUACGUCGGUACAGCCAUCGCUGCUGUGAGCAUCGUGCCGGCGCUACUGUUUGAAUGGAGAAGCGUCAAGGGUCAUGGGAAAGGCCCGCACGAUGGUGAGGCCGUUGAGACAGGCUCAAAAGCAAUAGUCAGGCGAAGGCAUUGAUGAUGAAUUGCUAACGCUCGCAAUUGGGAAUGAAGGUAGGGGAAGGGGGUU